AUGGAGAUUUACGUUAGACUAAACGCAGACGUUGAGCGCGACUAUGCGUUCCAGGUGUCGAACGACGACACCAUCAAUAACAAGAUUAGAAAGAUUUUCCCCUCCAAGACGGGCCUGGCGGACUUAAUGGUGCUCAGGCCUUCAAUCUUCCACGAGAAAAACCCCGUAAAGUUUUAUAAGUCUAUCCAUCCAGGAUAUCUGUCCGAAGGUGGCUGUUUGAUGUUUCAUUACGACGCUGAUAACGAAGAGAAUUUGGUGGAAUUGAACGACUCCAAGCCGCUUAUCGACCAGUUGUGGCCUGGCCAACUAGUUGUUCCUCAGUGGAGGUUGUCUAAAAAAAAUAUAUGGACGUUUGCUGCCGUCAUGUUGACUUGGUUGUACACGGAUUUGCCCGACGCCAUUUCCCCCACGCCGGGAAUCUGCUUGACUAAUCAAUUGUCAAGAGUAUUGAUUCCGCUGGCCAGACACAUGGACCUGCCUGAUAUUGCCGCCAAGUUGGAACAAGAAGUUCAAGCGAAUUAUUCCAGUCUUAUUGCCCAAUGGCUUUUCUUCGUCAUGCACGUUUUUAAAAUUGCCCUUAUCACUUUGUUUCUCAAACUGGGUAUUGCCAACCCUAUUAGUUUCAACCCUUACAAGUUAUGGACUUUGAGAGACAUGGCUUCUCCUUCUUCUAACAGCAAUAACAAGAAUGGUAAGAACCCUGCAGGCGCCAGCAACGGUGCGACAGACUUGAAGACCCUUUUACGUUCCGUAGGUUGGAUUGGUGCUAAGAGAGCCACUUAUGACGAUUAUCAAACCAACUACUACAACUACGUCAUCGAAAAGAUGGGUGGUCCAGUUGCUGCCUACAGGGCCGGUGCCAUCAGGAAAGCCGCAGCUCCAGGUAUUCAACUGGAAGCCGGUGAAGGUUUCCAAAGUCGCUUGGAAGACAGAUUCACUGCUUCUACUUUCACAGCUAUUGAAACCGAACGUAAAUUCAUCUUAAGCGAAGAAUACUUUGUAGAGUUGGAAAACAACUUGAAAAAAAUUUUGGAGGAAUACGAUGGGGAUAUUGGUAAGAUGAAUGCUGAAAUUAGAAGGUUCAGAAGGUUUGGUAUUUACGAACCAGACGAAAAAUUAGCCACUUUGGUUAAGCUCAGAAGGGAAAUCACUGAUGAAAAAGAAAAAAAAGCAAAUAAGGAUGCCACUCCUGGCAUAAAAAAGAACGACUUAAAAAAAUCCAAAUAA